AUGAAGUUCACUCUCCUGACCACGCUCCUUGCGGGCUCUGCCAUCGCGGCGCCAUCCCUGAACAAGAGGGACCUGGCAACAGUCCAGCAGGCCAUCGGCACCGUCCAGACAGCUCUUGAGGGGCUCGGAACAGCCGUCCAGGGCGUCAACGCCCAGGACCCCAACAGUGUGACCGGUAUCCUCGGCGCGAGCACCAACGCACAGAACGCCAUCAAGACCGCCACCACACAGAUCCAGGGCACCGAUGCGCUCUCCCUGACAGACGCCCUGUCCCUGCAACAGACCGCCACCGGCCUGACAACCGCAGCGAACACGACCGUGCAGAACCUCAUCGCCAAGAAGCCCGUCUUCGACCAGCUCGGCGUCUCCUCCGUCGUCGCUACCCAGCUGACAGACCAGAAGACCGCCGCCUCCGCGCUCGGUGACGCCGUCGUGUCCAAGAUCCCCGCCAUCGGCCAGAGCAUCGCCCAGCAGUCUCUCGGCCAGAUCAACACCGCUCUCGACUCCGCUAUCCAGACCUUCUCCGCUGGCGGCGCAGCAGGUGGCGCAACUGCAGGUGCAGGAAACGCCACUGGUGCAUCAGGCGGUGCUGCCAAGGCUGGCAACGGAACCUCGGCUGCGGAGCCGAAGGCCGGUGCUGGUGCGGGAUCUUCCACGCCCAAGGCCGGUGCCGGCUCGGGAACUGCCUCCGGAGCUACGCCCAAGGCAUCCGGUGCCAGCGGUGCCGCUCCCAAGACUCCCGCUGCCCAGCCAGCUGGUGGUGCUGCAGGUGCCGGCGGACUUGGCGCUCUUCUUGGUAGUCUUACGGGCGGCGCGGGCGGCGCGGGCGGCGCACAGGGCGGAGCUGGAGGACUUGGCGCUCUUCUUGGUAGCCUUACGGGGGGUGCGGCUGGAGGAAACGCAGCCGGUGGAGCAGCUGGAGGAGCGGCGGGUGGCGCGGCAGGUGGCGCCGGUGGCCUCGGUGCCCUCCUCGGGGCCUUGGGUGGAGCCGCAUAA